UCGCUCCCAGGCGUUCACUUCAUCAUGUUGGCUGGAGAAUGCUGCGUGCGGCCGUUCUCUCUCUGGUGCCUCGGCACCGCUCACGCCUGGCCGGCACGCUGCAGCUGAGCGCUCAGCCCGUGGAGGAAGAGCAGGAGCAGAAGCAGCAGGACGAGGAGGAAGCUGAGGAGGAAGAGGAGGAGGAGGAAGGCUCCGGGCUCCAGGCUGGCCCCAUGCCGCUGCCACAGAGAGCCUAUGUGCUGGAGGGGCCGGAGGAUGUGCGGGGACCCAAGUCUCCAGACUGGCUCUACGAGUCGUACUAUCGCAUGAGCCAGCAGCACCCGCUCAUCGUCUUCCUCCUCCUCAUCAUCAUGGGGGCAUGCGUGUCUCUGCUCGCUGUGUUCUUCGCCUCGAGACUGGCCAUGGAGGACCACGUAGCCUUCCUCAUCACUGUGCCCACUACACUGGCCAUCUUCCUCACCAUCUUCAUCCUGGUCUGCAUCGAGUCUGUCUUUAAGAAGCUCCUCCGCCUCUUCUCCUUGCUCAUCUGGGGCUGCCUGGUUGCCAUGGGUUACCUCUUCAUGUUCUCCGGAGGGAUCGUCUGUCCGUGGGACCAGGUCUCUUUCUUUCUGUUUAUAGUGUUCGUGGUUUACACCAUGCUACCCUUCUCCAUGCGGGACGCCAUCAUCGCCAGCAUUCUUACGUCCUCCUCCCACACUCUGGUCCUCAGCGUCUGCCUCUCAAACACAACACAGCUCGCCGAGCCACUCGUCUGGCAGAUGCUGGCCAACAUCAUCAUAUUUAUCUGUGGGAACAUAGCAGGUGCCUAUCACAAACACCUGAUGGACCUCGCCCUGAAACAGACCUACCAAGAUACAUGUAACUGCAUCAAGUCACCCAUCAAACUGGAAUUUGAGAAGCAUCAGCAGGAGCGUCUCUUGCUGUCCCUUCUCCCUGCCCACAUCGCUCGUGUGAUGAAGGCUGAGAUCAUCCAGAGGCUUAAGGGUCCAAACAGCGGCCAGGCCGAGAACACCAACAAUUUCCAUAACCUCUACGUGCAGAGACACACCAACGUCAGCAUUCUGUACGCAGACAUCGUGGGUUUCACGCGCUUGGCCAGUGACUGCUCUCCGGGGGAACUGGUGCACAUGCUUAAUGAGCUUUUCGGCAAAUUCGACCAAAUAGCCAAGGAUAAUGACUGCAUGAGGAUUAAGAUCCUGGGAGACUGUUAUUACUGUGUGUCUGGACUCCCCGAGUCGUUACCGGACCACGCCAAGAACUGCGUAAAGAUGGGACUGGACAUGUGUGAGGCCAUCAAGAAGGUGCGAGAUGCCACAGGCGUUGACAUUAACAUGCGUGUCGGAGUGCAUUCUGGCAACGUGCUCUGCGGCGUAAUUGGCCUCCAGAAAUGGCAGUAUGACGUUUGGUCCCAUGAUGUCACUCUGGCCAAUCACAUGGAGGCCGGGGGCGUACCCGGCCGAGUUCACAUCUCUUCUGUGACGCUGGAACAUUUGAAGGGGGCCUAUAAAGUGGAGGCGGGAGACGGACAGAGCCGGGACUCGUAUCUGAAAGAGCAUGGUAUCGUCACGUUCCUCGUCAUCAAUCCAAAGGGAGAGCGACGCAGCCCACAGCUCCACUGCCGCCCUCGUCCCGUUCUCUAUGGGGCAAAGAUGAGAGCGUCUGUGCGUAUGACUCAGUAUCUGGAGUCCUGGGGGGCAGCGAAACCCUUCGCCAACCUGCACCACAGAGACAGCAUGACCAACGAGAACGGCAAGAUCAACACACAUGAUGUGCCAAUAGGACACCAUCAUUUCCCCGGGAGAUCAGAAAGAACAAAGUCUCAGAAGAAGAGGUUCGAAGAGGAGCUGAACGAGCGGAUGAUUCGUACAAUUGAUGGCAUCAGUGCACAAAAGCAGUGGCUGAAGUCUGAGGAUAUUCAGAGGAUAUCUCUGUUCUUUCACAAUAAGACUCUGGAGAAGGAGUACAGAGCGACAGCCUUGCCAGCGUUUAAGUACUACGUCACUUGCGCAUGCUUCAUCUUCUUCUGCAUUUUCAUCGUGCAGAUUUUAGUCCUGCCAAAGACCGCCGUGCUUAGUGUGUCUUUCGGAACGACCUUCCUGUUACUAACUCUUAUCCUCAUCAUUUGUUUCGCGGGCCGUAUACUGCGAUCGGGUCGCGUGACCUCCUGCUCUCUUCUCCCGAGCUCGUCCUUACUCAGCGCCAACAAGCCCUGCGUCCGGCUCGUCCUCACCAUGGCAACCACCGUGCUCAUCCUCGUCAUGGCCGUCUUCAACAUGUUCUUUCUAGAGGACGACAAGGUGACAACAGUGCCUGCAAUGAACAUCUCCAAUGAGACGGUCUAUGGUGUUUGUGGCCAAACCACUCAGUCCUCAGACAAGUUCUACUUGCCAUACUUCAUCUACAGCUGCAUCCUGGGUCUCGUCUCCUGUUCCGUCUUCCUGAGGAUCAAUUACGAGCUGAAGAUGGUCAUCAUGUUGGCUGCUGUGGUGGCCUACAACAUCAUCAUACUCCAGACCCAUGCUGCCGUGAUGGACGAGUAUAGCACGACCCAGCUAUUGAAAAAACCCGGUGUCCUAAAAGACUUGAAGACAAUGGGUUCUGUCUCGCUCUUCAUCUUCUUCAUCACUCUGCUUGUCCUGGCGAGGCAGAAUGAAUAUUACUGUAGGUUAGACUUCCUGUGGAGGAACAAGUUCAAGCGGGAGUGUGAGGAAAUCGAGACCAUGGAGAACCUGAACCGCGUACUGCUGGAGAACGUUCUUCCUGCCCACGUGGCGGAGCAUUUCCUCGGUCGAAACUGGAAGAACGAGGAUCUCUACCACCAGUCGUACGAUCUGGUGUGUGUCAUGUUCGCAUCCAUCCCGGACUUCAAGGAAUUCUACACAGAGUCGGAUGUGAACAAGGAGGGACUGGAGUGUCUCAGGCUCCUCAAUGAGAUUAUAGCGGAUUUUGAUGAGUUACUCUCCAAACCCAAGUUCAGUGGCGUGGAGAAGAUAAAGACAAUUGGCAGCACUUACAUGGCUGCUACUGGACUAAACAUUCCUCCUGGACAGGAUUACACGCAGGACCACGACCGGCAGUACAUGCACAUUGGAACCUUGGUCGAGUUCGCCUUUGCACUGGUUGGGAAACUUGAUGUUAUUAAUAGACAUUCCUUCAAUGACUUCAGGCUGCGUAUAGGAAUAAACCACGGCCCCGUGAUCGCAGGGGUAAUCGGAGCACAAAAACCGCAGUAUGAUAUCUGGGGUAACACGGUGAACGUGGCCAGCAGGAUGGAAAGCACUGGGGUUCUUGGGAAAAUCCAGGUAACCGAGGAAACCAGCCGCAUCCUCCAGACACUGGGCUACAUGUGCUCGUGUCGAGGGAUCAUUAACGUCAAGGGGAAAGGUGACCUGAAGACUUUCUUUGUACACACUGAGAUGAGCAGGUCCUUAUCACAGGGGACUGUAAUGCCUUGACUGACUCAUCUCUCUCUUUCUUUUUGUUCCUCUCACCCUCACACACACACACAAAACACAAAAGGGAUGCUUCAUCUCAAACAGUAAUAACCACAGAGCUUUAUUUCUCAUCAUGGGAAUGUAUGGACUUAGGAUGUGCACAGGCAAACCGCUGUGUGUGUGUGUGUGUGUGUGUGUGUGUGUGUGUGUGUGUGUGUGUGUGUGUGUGUGUGUGUGUGUGUGUGUGCGCGUGCGUUUCACUUCAGAGCAGAAGAGCUGAGUGUCUGUCAAAUAUCUGUGUUCAUGUUUUGUUGCUGCCAUUUUCUUACCCAUUAAAGAAUUUCUAUAUAAACAUCUCUGUGUCCAUUUAUAUAUGUAAGCUUUUGCAAAUAAGAAAGCUUUACGAUGGAUAAAUGUAGCGCAAUCUCUGUAUUUAUGUCAACUACGAUGAUCAUAACAGUAAAAACAGUCAGCCCUGCUAUUAGGAUGUUUCAGGAAUGAGGCAUGCAGGCCCGGCGUAAUGGAUGCAGACGUUGAGACAUUUAAUUAAAAAUAAUCACGAACCAAACAGCGAUAAACAAAACAGUAGUACUACGACAGCAGGACGAAUCACAGAACAAAACUGUAGACUUAACAGGACAGAUCAAAAACCAAAACACUGACUAACUAACCAACAGAGCUUAAUAAUAACACAAAUCAGGGUGGUGCAUCUGUGGUCCAUGUCAUUUGGUCUGAAUGGGGGCUUGGCACAGGAACAAAACUGUGAUUUGGCAAGGAGACUCAACUGAGACUUGGCACAGAGACAGAAUUGUGACUUGGCACGAAGAAUGGACUGUGACUUAAAAUCCGGCCAGCGGAGUGAGCACAAAGUCGGCAAACUUGUGCAGCGAAGCGAGCACAAAGUCUUCGAAGCUGUGCAGCGGAGCAAGCACAAUGUCCUCGAAUAUGGUUGGCAGAGCAAAUACAAUGUCCCCUAAUUUAGACAGCUCAACAAACACAAUGUCAUCGGACUUAGGCGGCAAAACGAGCGUGAUGUCCUCAAAUUCAGGUGGCGGAGCGACCACAAAGUCCUCAAACACGGCCAGCAGACCAAUCACACUGUCCUUGAAUUCAGGAGGCAAAGUAAGUACCAUGUCCUCAAAUCCAGGGGCGGAGUAAGUACAAUGUCUUCAAACCCAGACGGCAGACCAAGCACAAUAUCCUCAAAUACAGGCAGCGGAGCAAGCACAAUGUUCUCGAAGUCAUGCGGCAGAGCAUGCACGAUGCCUUCGAAUUUCGCCAGCAGAGCAAACACAAUGUCCUUAAAUUCGAGCAGCGGAGCAAUCACAAUGUCCUUAAAUCCAGGAGGUGGAGCAAAGUAUAAUGUCUUCGAACCUGGGUGGAGAAACAAGUAAAAUGUCCUAUAAUUCAGGAGGUGAAGCAAACACAAUGUCUCCGAAUUUGGAAGGCAGAGCAAACACAAUGUCUUCAAACACAGGCGGUGGAGCAAGCACAAUGUCCUUAAAUCAGGGCAGCAGAGCAAGCUCGGUGUCCUUAAAUCUGGGUGAUGGAGAAAGUACAAUGUCCUCCAAUUUAGGCAACGGACCAAACACAAUGUCUUCGAAUUUGAGCGGCUAAGCAAACACACUGUCUUCAAAUCCAGGUGGCAGAGCAAGGACAAUGUCUUUAAUUAUGGCCGGCAAAGUCCUUGAACCCAUGGGGCAGAGCAAUCACAACGUCCUUGAAUUCAGGAGGCAAGGCAAA